AUGACCAGCAAACACAACUACAGGGAGACGCGGCUGAAGGAGGGCAUCGUCCGGCUACAGCCCCAGGAGGAACCCCUGCGCUCCGAGCUCCUCAGCGGGAAGUUCACCGUGCUGAGCGUACGGGACCCGUCGGGAGCCUCCAUCGCCCUGUACACGGCCAAGCUCCACCACCCCAACAAGACGGGGAACCACGUGGUGCUGCAGGCUCUCUUCUACCUGCUGGACCGAGCCGUGGAGAGCUUCGAGACCCAGAGGAACGGCCUGGUGUUCAUCUAUGACAUGGCCGGCUCCAACUAUACAAACUUUGAGCUGGACCUCAGCAAGAAGAUCCUCAAUUUACUGAAGGGGGCGUUCCCGGCUAGGCUAAAGAAGGUUCUGAUCGUUGGCGCCCCCGUGUGGUUCCGUGUGCCCUACAACCUGCUGAGCCUGCUGCUCAAGGAGAAGUUGAGAGAGAGGGUCCAGAUGGUCCGGAUGCCGGAGCUGCGGCAGCACCUCCCCAGGGACUGUCUGCCCCAGCACCUGGGCGGCUUGCUGCCCCUGGACGCCUACAGCUGGAACCAGCAGCUGCUGGCGGGGCAGAACGGCCGCGUGGACCCCGUGGACGAGCUGGUGGGCCUCCCCCUGGACGAGACCUCCGUCCACUGCGCGGCCCCGGGGCCCGACGCCAUGAGGCCCCCGGACCUGCUGGCCCACCUGGGCCGUCUGCAGCGGCUGGGCGUCCACCAGGAGUACGAGGAGAUCCGCAACGACCCCCCGGCCGGCACCUUCCACUGCGCACUAGCUGCCUGCAAUCAGGAGCGGAAUCGCUAUGGCGACGUGCUUUGCCUGGACCAGACCAGAGUGCGUUUACAAGCCCGAAGGAGUGAGAGAUCGGACUACAUCAACGCCAGCUUCAUGGAUGGCUACAAACAGAAGAAUGCAUACAUCGGUACUCAAGGUCCACUAGAAAAGACCUACGGUGAUUUCUGGAGGAUGAUCUGGGAGCAGAAUGUACUCGUCAUCGUCAUGACUACUAGGACGGACGAGGGCGGGCGGCAGAAGUGUGGGCAGUACUGGCCGCUGGAAGAGGGGGGCCAGGAGGUGUACGGCCACAUGGCGGUGGUCAACCAGAGGGUGGACCACCACCCCCACUACAACCACAUCUCCCUGGAGCUGCACAACACCGAGACGUGUGAACAGAGGCAGCUCAGUCACUUCCAGUACCUGAGCUGGCCAGACUACGGGGUGCCCACCUCGGCCGUGACUCUCAUCGACUUCCUGGGGGCCGUGAAGAGGCAGCAGAAGGCCGUGGCGAAGAGUUUGGGCCCCCAGUGGGCCGGACACCCACUGGGGCCCCCCAUGGUGGUCCACUGUAGCGCGGGGAUCGGGAGGACGGGUACGUUCUGUGCCCUGGACAUCUGCCUGUCCCAGCUGCAGGACAUCGGCACGCUCAACGUGCGGCAGACGGUGCGCCGCAUGAGGAGCCAGAGGGCCUUCAGCAUCCAGACCCCAGACCAGUACUUCUUCUGCCACAACGCCAUCCUGGAACACGCCCAGCGGCAAGGCCUGCUGCCGGCCAAUCAGUGAGCCUCUUCUGCCAACCCCCAACCAAUCCCGAGGUUUCCACGCAUCCACUUGGACAAAUUGAUGCAGUCCGUGCUUCUUUUUUUUUUCUUUUUUCUUUUUGGAAGAUAGUUCGACAGCCAGACGAAGAAGGAGGGGAGGGGCGGCGUGAGGGAAUGUAACAUUUAUUUUUGACAUUUACCAAUGUAGCAAGCAACAACUUAGCCGGUCAAUAACAACAAUGUUCAUUCUUUGUUCCGCGUUUCCUGACAAACCAGUUAUUCGUGUGCUGUGGUAGACAAACCGAUCUCCUCUGUUGCAUUCAGGCUGCUCUGAGUGAAGAGUACAGUGCUCAUAGAUGUGUGCUACAGCUUAGUGUUUGGAGCCUACAAUAACCACAUAGUAAGAGUACCAUAGUGCCACCGAGAGAGGAACAACUUUGCCUCUUUCUCUCUCUCUUCCCACUGCAGUUUUUCCAUAAGAGCUGCACGGUUGAUGCUGAUUUUUUAAAGUAAGGAUGAAUGUAUAGUAGGCCCCGCAAGCUAGCUUUGACUCGCACCAAUAGUACUGCUGAAUCCAGUGCUGAAAAAAUGAAUCGGUCCAGCUCACAAUUCCUUACAUCCGAAGAAUCAGUUGAUCCAAGG